GGUCGGCGAACUCCGGCCACAAGUUCUGAAAGUUCCUCACGGGAAGGACAGAUGCGAGCAAGUGAGUCAGAAAGUUCAGAACCAGCAAAGCAGUCGCUUCAAAGCGAGGGCAGUGGGAAAAGCAGAUACUUGGUGGAAUAUCUUCUGAGGAAUAUUUUGCUUUCCGUCCCAUUGCCCCGCCCCUAUCGGAUCUCCAUGUUUGUACUUGGGAUUUGUGGUCCAAAUCCAUCACACUCUCCCAAUCCGUCUCCCCUUCAUCAACGCGAGCGGGCUUAUCCCCAAAUCUUUGCAAGCCAACAAACUGAGACAGACGUUUGCAGAAUUCAACUUGGACUAAAAUCAAAGUAGACAGCAAGUAUUCCGUUUCUGGAAUGAAUUUAACCAAGCCCAGCUUGUCUCGGGGGGCUCUGCGGCAUUCUGGCCAGGUGUCCCUUGUGAACCCAGCGUGGGCCUCAAGGACCCCAAGUCCUGCUUCUGAUCUUGAAAUGGGUUUUGAGCAGAACAUCUCCGGAGACUGCAGCUCUCCCAGCGACCACGGAGGCAGCAGGAGAGCAGAGCCCAGGGGCCUUCUCACAGAAAGGGGCCAGAGUCCAGAUCUGGCGGGAGUCUCGGGCAAUGGCAAAGGUGUGGGGGCUGAGCAGAGGAUCCGGAGGCCCAUGAAUGCCUUCAUGGUGUGGGCUAAAGAUGAGAGGAAACGACUCGCUUUGCAGAACCCGGACCUGCACAACGCUGUGCUCAGCAAGAUGCUCGGCCAAUCGUGGAAGGCACUGAAUUCCACAGAGAAGCGUCCCUUUGUAGAGGAAGCGGAACGUCUGCGCCUUCAGCAUCUCCAGGAUCAUCCAAACUACAAGUACCGACCUCGGCGUAAGAAAACCACAAAGAAGCUCAAGCGCGUCGAACCUGGGCUCCUGCUUCACAGCUUGGCUCAGAGCCAUGGCGUGGGUCAUGCCAUCGUCCCCCUGGGUGGAGAAGGCAUCUCUGGAAACUCUCCAUACGGACACGUGUCUCACCACAACCAUCACUCCCACCACCUGCUACCUUCUCUGGGCCACUUCAGGGACCUCCAGGCACCAGGGCACCAGGAACUGGAGAGUUACGGCCUGCCCACCCCGGAGAUGUCCCCUCUGGAUGUUCUGGAAAACGGCGCAAAUGAACCAGUCUUCUUCCCUCAGCAUGCACAGGAGGAUGCAGGAAUGGGAGGCUGGAACAGCUACCACCAUCCUCACCACCAUAAUCCACAUUACAGCCAUAACUAUGGCAACCACCUCAACUCCAUGCACGGUGCGUCCGCACAGAGUCCGAGUCCAGGAAUGAACGUGGGAGCGAACACAUUGAGUGCAGGUCGGAAUCCCAGAAUGGCUUCGCUUGAAUCAAACAUGGCUUCCAGUAUGAGCCCGGUUCCUUCAAAUGGUUCUCGGAUGAACCCAGCGCAAACCUCAGGCCGCCAUAUUGCCUUGAGGAGUCCCAUGAAAUGCCCACCACCUCCCCAUGACUCCGUCUCCUAUCCCCAGCCCUCAAUCAGCCUCCACGAGACAAUCAAACCCCACCAAGGCUCCCUUCCUGUCAGCUACUACGGCCAAAUGUACAGCAGCGUAGCCUCCACUUUCCCCCCGACUCACCUGGGCCAGCUUUCACCUCCUCCUGAGCCCUCCCCAACUUCCUGCUCAUCCUUCCUUCCCCCUCUGCAUAUAACAGACCCAUCCAAUGCGGACUCAGCUGCUCACAUGGGGCCUACUUCUUCCGCUGAAUUCUGGUCGGAGGUGGACAGGCAUGAAUUGGACCAGUACGUGAAUACUGCGAGGAACCGAGAGGAAGCCUAUGGACAAGGUGGGGUUGGGUCCAAAGUCCUGAUCUGGCGUGGUAGCGGUGGCGUUAGCAGUGCUGACAGAGAUGGUGGCAGCGAAGAGGGAGUCAGCCCUCUUAUAUCUGCUCUUUCUGAUGCUAGCAGUGCUGUCUAUUACAGUGCAUGCAUCACUGGCUAAUUCCAAAAUGUGUGGAAGGACCUGAGUCUGGUUUCGUUCAUCUCAAAAGUUAAUGGUUUGUGUUGAACUCGCACGUUGGGUCAACUCUUAACCUUGCUUAUACCUUCAAGAUCACAAAGGAACAUGAAAAAAAGUGCCAGUUGGAAGAAAAAACAAAAAAAGCUACUGGCUCAUCAUGGAAUCCUGGGCUACAAUGUGCUAGGAUGUUUCUAGUUGACAACAGGGUGGCCUAGAAUGUCCCCAUAUUAGCAUUUGUGAUGGAACGCAAUUGUUCAUCUCUUUGAAUGAGGGAUUACAACACCCAAACCUUUUAAAAUCUAAAAAAAUAUAUAUCGUCGCUGUCCGGCGGAAGCCUUAUAUGUCCAAGUAUGGUCAAAUUUCACAAAGCAAUCCUAAUGGACCUUGUCUGUAACUUUUAUGCAAUUUUAGUCAAUUUAAAGCAAUGGAAAUAACUUGGAAACAUAUGAACACAGGCAAACACUGCCGCUCUUGAACGCAACUUAAUUACUAAGCUUCAGCCGGGGAGCCCGUUGCCUCGGCCGGGAUACUCGCUCGGGGCGUGCCUUUGCCAGAAAAGGGAGCGCAUAGAAGGUGGACCAGCAAAGAGUGCAGCUCAGGACAGUCGUUUGCUUUUGUGAAGUUUUCAAAAGUGUUUUUUACAGUGGGAACUUUUUUAAUCAGUGUCAGCGGGUUUUUAUUUUAGCAUAUUUCAUUUUUUAGGUAGUGUAAAUGUGCAAUAGCAAUAUAAGCUAUAAUUCAACUUGAAUGAACUGGUGCCUCGGAACUCAAAACAGGCUGGCGUUUUUUUCAAGUUCCUGUGAAAUAGUCAUCUUGACACUUUGCGGCUUCCGCCCGACACCGACAAUAUGUACAAAUUAAUAAUUCAAGUGCAGCGACAAUGCAACACUGACGUGUACUACUAAUUAACUGGAAGACUUCCCUGUUAAGCUGGAGGACAUCUAGCAAGGUCAAAGGCAAAUACCUCGUGGUCAUGAGGUUUAGAUGAAUCAAAGGCGCUUAUUUAAUGUCCGCUUGAAGGCCAAACUCAGGAGAAAAAGAGAGCUAAUAGGAGAACUCAAUCCAACAUCAAUGUGCGUGUUUUCGGGAAAGCCUCAGCCACAAAGCCGGGAUGGACCACCGAGGUCUCCCACAAACUAUUCGGAUGUUUUACAAGAAGGCUUUAGGGUUGUUCCUGCGCGGGAUUUGUAAUAUUUUUCUUAUUUCCUCACUCUGUGCCAAUAUGUCUUUUGGCAAAUCUGACCCUUGCGCGGAUUAGGAAGUUUUUCCUUUUAAUCAGUAGUCGUCUCAAACAUCUCUCUUGUUUAGCUGUAUGCAAAAAAAAACCAUGGAGCUCUGUAGAUCAUGGAAACUUUCAAAUUCCAAGAUUUCAAUCAGCUCUGGGAUUAGUCUUUUUCUUGAGAAGUACAAGCCAGAGUUGGCCACAAUGUGAAAGAAGUACAACAAAAACAUGGAAAUACAGAUAAUACAAGGCCAGUGAUUAUUGCCAUGUUUUGUUCAUGGUCUGUAAACCACAUGGUCUGUUCACAUUGGCACUCGGUGUUCAUGCUAACACAAUAUGUAAGAUCAGUAUGCAACGUUAUUUCCCAGCAUGGGCCUCAUUUCUUCACAUUACAAACUACAAGAGGAAAAUGCUCUCUUUUUUAAUUGAUUGGCUUGCUAGCACGUUUGGAACGCCUGAUUUGAUGUAGACUUUAAUUGUGCAUAAUAUAUAGUGUGUGUAAUUCUGUGAAGGAGAAAUUAAAGUAUGAAUUGUUCUCUGCACUGGGUUUAAUGUGUUUGCUGUAUAGAAUUUCAAAUCAAAAUGUCCUUACUUUUUAAGUGUUUUGUACAAAAAAAAAGAUUUUUAUUUUAAAUAAAGGGUUGAGGAUGUAUUUGCUUGAUUUGCCUCAGGCAAGCUACGCCUCUAAGCUGUGAUGCUUUUUUUUUUUUGUAAAUCUCCGCACAUCAAAGUUGCAUUUCAAGUAAUGCACAGGAUAUUCCAAACAGUUCAUGUUAAAGCUGAAUAUUUGAAAUAGCCACAUGUUCUAUGCAAACCAAAUUAUGUUCAUGUUGGAAAUGUAUUUAUUUAUUGAGUUACAAGUCCACUGAAAUAAUGAAGUCCACUGCCUCUACUUUUGUGCUGACUUUUUAUGUUCGGGAACGCAAAUGCUAAUUUCCUAAUGCGUACGCAUGUAUAAUGAAUAAUUUUGCCGUGGGAAACGUUGCCCUCAAGGCAUGUUGAAUCUCAACUGAUUCUGUUCAUUUAAUUCCAGCUUUAUGCUAAACUAAGCUAACGAGCAAUUUGAUCUGUAUGAAAAUGUCACGUAAUCUUUUUGCGUUUGUGACCUAAUUGGAAAAAAACCCGACAGAUCUGAUACAAGUUCUCCUUCACUCAACGUAAGAAACGGUUUCCCUUUCAGCCAAAUUCACCGUUUUACUGCGGAGUGUAACGGGAAUUUGUGGUUUUGUCUGUGCUGGGAAAAAUGACAAACCAAGCCUUUUUUUGUAGAUGUUUAUACAACAUGUAGUUUUGUUGCAAGCAGCAAUGGGGAAUGGGAUCUUUCCCUACAUCUGUUGUGGAUUAAAGCCACACACAAUACAUUUUAAAUAUGACACAGUAGAAGAAUAUCAAGUAUGUUGUACAAUAUUUACCACACUGUUCCUUGUGGCCGAAUUCAUAUUUCCAAGUGUGUUCUCGGAGGGUUGAAGUUCACUUGGAGAAGCAACAUUCUGAAAAAGGCCUCGUUCUUCUUUGCCAGCAUUUUGUUCCCACUUUAAUUAGUUGUGACACACAGAGAACAUCAGAGGGGCAUUUCUUUGCAGUCAUGCAAUAUCUCUGAGGCUUUUGGUUGUAAUUAUUUGCAGUGAGGUCUGGGUGGCGGGACAAAAAGGACACAUAACAUUUGAGGAUUGAUACAAAGGACAUUUUCUGAAGCAGCAUAAAUAAAUUAUGAGAAAGAUUUUUCCCAGCCAUUCACAAUCUGUUUGGCAGGGACAUUUUGCCGACGUAGUUCUUUUGUUUGUCUAUUGUUGUUUUCUUUUACUGAAUGUUUGGGUGGUCUGUAAUGUGCUUCUAUACUAUUUCAUGAUGGAAUUUUACAAAAUAAACACUUCAUAAACA